CGAUUCGCAGCUCAUGAACGUCGGACGUGUGUUCGUCGCUGUUCUCUGCACAAUCCGAUCCAAGUGACUUGGCCGUUUUAACGCUGAAGUCUCUCAACGCGUCCGUCAUUCAAUAGUUUAAUCUUAGCUGUUGCAUGCUGUCGUCGUCUGUCGCGCCGGGUUGCGCUCGAAAAAUUGUUCAGUUUUAACAUUGUUUAAGCAAUUUCAAGUUUUACGCGGUUCACACGCUAGUAUAGAACGCGACAAUUGUUAGUGCAACAAAAUACUCAUAGACAUCUACUAAUACAACAACAAAUACACAACAUGGGUUCGAUGCUCUGCAAGGAAUACAAGACGACGGGAAAAGUAACCCCAAAGCCGGAACAGGCAACAGGUGCCGUUGGUUCUUAUCAGUCGAAGUGCAGCACGGAGAAGAUGUCGCCAUCAAAUGUGGAAGAUGUUGAAUACACGGCGCCCGUUGCCGUUUGCAAGACCACCGAUCUUGCCGACAACGAGAUGAAGCAGCUGGAAUUCGACGCGGACACCAACAUAUUGGUGGUAAAGCAGAAUGGACGCUUCCAGGCGGUCGGUGCCAAGUGCACGCAUUUCGGAGCUCCGAUGCAUACGGGCGCCUUGGGUCAGGGACGCGUGCGUUGUCCCUGGCAUGGGGCCUGCUUCAAUCUGGAGACGGGCGACAUUGAGGAUUUCCCCGGUCUCGAUUCGUUGCCCUGCUACAAGGUCGACGUGAGCGAUGGUCAGGUCUUGGUGCGUGCCAAGCAUAGUGAUUUGGCCAAAAGCAAACGUUUCAAGAACAUGGUUAAGCGCGAUCCCGUCGACGAGCGUUGCUUCAUCGUUGUGGGCGGCGGACCGUCGGGCGCCGUUUGUGUGGAGACACUGCGUCAGGAGGGCUACACGGGCCGAUUGAUCUUUGUGUGUCGCGAGGACGUCUUGCCCUAUGAUCGUGUCAAAGUGUCGAAGGCAAUGGGCCUGAAGAUUGAGGCAUUGCAAUUCCGUGACGAACAAUUCUACAAGGAUCACGACAUUGAGUUGUGGUUGGGCGUUAGCGCCGAUCAAUUGGUCACGGCCAGCAAGGAACUGCAUUGCUCCAAUGGCUAUGUGGUGAAGUACGAUAAGAUCUACAUUGCCACCGGUUGUUCGGCCUUUAAGCCCCCGAUUCCUGGCGCUGAUUUGCAGAAUGUGAUGACGGUGCGUGAUUUUGCUGAUGCCAAAAAGAUUGCCGCUUCCAUCACACCAGAGACGCGUGUUGUUUGCCUCGGCUCCAGUUUCAUUGCCCUCGAGGCGGCCGCAUUCCUCGUCUCGAAGACGGCCAGCGUGACGGUCGUGGGACGUGAAAAUGUGCCACUGAAAGCAGCGUUUGGCGAACAGAUCGGUGCACGCAUGCUCAAGUUGUUCGAGGACAACAAAGUCCACAUGCAAAUGGAGAGCGGCAUCACGGAGAUUAUUGGCAACGACGAUGGCAAAGUCGUGGAGGUUCAACUCACGGAUGGCUCCCGAUUGCCGUGUGAUCUCUUGAUCAUGGGCACCGGCUCCACGCUCAACACACAGUUCAUGGCCAAGUCUGGAGUGAGGCUGAACAAGAACGGUUCGGUGGAUGUCACCGAUUUCAUGGAGAGCAAUGUGCCCGAUGUCUAUGUGGGCGGUGAUAUUGCCAAUGCGCACAUUUAUGGCUUGUCGCAGUCGCGUGUCAACAUCGGACAUUAUCAGUUGGCGCAAUAUCAUGCUCGCAUCGCUGCGAUCAAUAUGUGCGGUAGUGUCAAGAAGGCUGAAUCGGUGCCGUUCUUCUUUACGAUGGUCUUCGGCAAGGGCAUACGCUAUGCUGGACAUGGCGCCUACACCGAUGUCGUCAUCGAUGGCAGCCUCGAGGAUUUGUCCUUUGUCGCGUAUUUCAUCAAUCAUGCCGACACUGUCACUGGGGUGGCAUCGUGUGGUCGUGAUCCGGUUGUCGCCCAAUUCGCCGAACUCUUGUCGCAGGGCAAGUGCUUGGGUCGCAAUCACAUUGCGAACCCCGAGAAUCGUCAGGCGUGGACGUCGAUGCUCACAGAGCCGCUGCCCAAAGUGCGCUAGGAUAACUUCAACUACUUUGCUCACUAUAUAAAUACAUAUAUAUACAUAUAUACUUAUUGUUACAAUUUGUUAAACCGUACGGGAUCAAAAGCGACACAUCCAUCCCAGAUUAGAGGGGGCGUCAACAGUAUUUUUUGUAUUAUCUCCACCCAACAAAUUAUUUGCUCUAUUUUCGAAUUCAAUGUCAUGAGUGUGUGUUGUAAUGUAUUAACUCUGCUUGUACCAAAGCAAAUUGAGAUUUGUACAAUAAAUACGUUGCAUUUUCUUAAAA